GGCUUACAUCCUCGCGGACGACCCCUUUGUAAAGGCCAGCAAAGCGAUCGCAGCCCUACACUCGUUGACACCGGCCUGAAAUAUCAAGACUUCGCGAUUCCUUUGUCUUCCGGGCUUCGCUGUUUGCGGCGUCCCCAUCUCCCCUGUGCGGCUGUGCCGAAGCCAACCCCUCUCCCUGCCUCUGUCGCGCGGCUACAGCAGUUAUAAUACCGCAGAUCCCAACACUGAGCGCAGUCACAGUUAGCUGAGACUUGCUUCAUUCUCUUCUGCUCUUCUCUGCUCCGCUGUGAUCGCAGAAUCUAGAAUUGAGAAAACCAACGUCGUCCCGUCGCAGCCUCGUCCCCCUCGUUCUCCGGCAUCAUGUCAGAUCUCCAGGGAAGAAAGGUGUUCAAGGUCUUCAACCAAGACUUUAUCGUUGACGAGAGAUACACGGUGACAAAGGAGCUUGGUCAGGGUGCUUACGGUAUCGUCUGUGCUGCAACCAACACGCAGACCCAAGAGGGCGUUGCGAUCAAGAAGGUCACCAAUGUCUUUAGCAAGAAGAUCCUGGCGAAGCGUGCGCUGCGAGAGAUAAAGCUGCUUCAGCAUUUCAGAGGGCACCGGAACAUUACAUGUCUCUAUGAUAUGGAUAUCCCUCGACCUGAUAACUUCAACGAGACCUACCUUUACGAGGAACUCAUGGAAUGCGAUCUCGCUGCUAUCAUUCGAUCUGGACAACCCCUCACCGACGCACAUUUCCAAUCCUUCAUCUAUCAGAUCCUGUGCGGACUGAAAUACAUACACUCUGCCAAUGUUCUUCACCGAGAUUUAAAGCCGGGUAACUUGUUGGUCAACGCAGACUGCGAGUUGAAGAUUUGUGAUUUUGGAUUGGCCAGAGGCUUUUCCGUUGACCCCGAGGAGAACGCUGGAUACAUGACCGAAUACGUAGCAACGAGAUGGUACCGUGCACCGGAGAUCAUGUUGAGUUUCCAGAGUUACACGAAAGCUAUCGAUGUAUGGUCUGUAGGCUGCAUCCUUGCAGAACUGCUCGGCGGGCGUCCAUUCUUCAAGGGCAGAGAUUACGUCGAUCAACUCAAUCAGAUCCUCCAUAUCCUCGGCACGCCCAAUGAGGAGACACUAUCUCGCAUUGGCUCGCCCCGUGCCCAAGAGUACGUUCGCAACUUGCCAUUCAUGGCCAAGCGACCUUUCCCCACGCUUUUCCCCACUGCCAAUCCCGAUGCGCUGGACCUCCUCAACCAAAUGCUAGCAUUUGACCCCUCAUCCCGAAUCUCCGUCGAAAGCGCUCUCGAGCAUCCAUAUCUGCACAUCUGGCACGAUGCCUCGGACGAGCCAGGUUGCCCCACUACCUUCAAUUUCGACUUUGAGGUUGUGGAAGACGUUGGUGAAAUGCGUAAGAUGAUCCUAGAGGAGGUUCACAGAUUCAGACAGCAUGUGAGGAUCCAGCCAGGCCAGCAAGCCCCAUCCCAGGGACCAGCAGUCCCUAUCCCUCAAGGCGGUGGCAGCUGGGGUGCAGAGGAUCCAAGACCCCAGGAAGCGUAUGGGCAAGGAGCGACAGGUCUGGAGCAGGAUCUCCAGGGAGGGCUAGAUGCUAUGCAUGCAUAAAUUG